AUGGGCCACGAAGAUGCCGUGUACCUGGCCAAGCUUGCCGAGCAGGCCGAGCGCUACGAAGAGAUGGUCGAGAACAUGAAGAUUGUUGCCUCCGAGGACCGCGAUCUUACCGUCGAGGAACGGAACCUUCUGUCGGUUGCCUACAAGAACGUUAUUGGCGCUCGCCGUGCAUCGUGGAGAAUCGUCACCUCGAUCGAGCAAAAGGAGGAGUCUAAGGGCAACUCUACCCAGGUCGACCUUAUUAAGGAGUACCGCCAGAAGAUCGAGGCUGAGCUCGCCAAGAUCUGCGAGGACAUCCUCAGCGUCCUUGACCAGCACCUGAUCCCCUCUGCCAAGUCGGGCGAGUCCAAGGUGUUCUACCACAAGAUGAAGGGUGACUACCACCGUUAUCUCGCUGAGUUCGCCGUUGGCGACAAGCGCAAGGAUUCGGCCGACAAGUCUCUCGAGGCGUACAAGGCUGCCACCGAGGUUGCCCAGACCGAGCUGCCGCCCACGCACCCCAUCCGCCUGGGCCUUGCCCUUAACUUCUCCGUUUUCUACUACGAGAUCCUGAACGCUCCCGACCAGGCUUGCCACUUGGCCAAGCAGGCCUUUGACGAUGCUAUUGCCGAGCUCGACACAUUGAGCGAGGAGAGCUACAAGGAUAGCACCCUGAUCAUGCAGCUCCUCCGUGAUAACCUGACCCUCUGGACCUCUUCCGAGGCCGAAGCCCCCGCUGCUACCGGCUCCGCCGAGGCCCCGACCCAAGAGGAGCCGAAGCCGGAGGCGGCUGCGGAGGAGCCCAAGGCCGAGUAA